AUGGUAAUCAUAGCAGAUGUAAGGCAUACUAAAGUAGAGGCAAGAAAGGCUGAGGCUUGGAAAAAGGCAAUGAUCAACUUUCCCCCCAUAGCAGAAGAAGAAGCAUUCGUAGGCCCUUUAAUAGUAAGCGCGGUGAUGGGGAACCACCCAGUGAGAAGAGUAUACGUAGACACAGGAAGCGCUUGUGAAAUUAUGUAUGAACACUGCUUCCUGAAACUUCGGCAUGCACUAAGGAAAACAAAGAAAAAUAUCUCUUGCCCACUAGUAGGCUUCACAGGGGAAAGAUCUUGGUCUUUAGGGGAGAUCACCCUGCAUGUAACAGUGGGGACGAUCCCGAUGAUAAGAACAGAAAUGCUAACUUUCAUCAUAGUUCGGUCUGACUCCCCUUACAAUGUUAUCUUGGGUAGGACAGCCAUGCGAAAAAUGGGAAUUAUUCCCUCCCCAAUGCAUGGCAUGGUCAUGUUCUCUACACCCUACGGUAUUGGAUGCAUUAAGGCAGACAGUCAAGAAGAGUAUUGUUGUGCCCAUGUUGAAGUAACUGAAGAUAAACCAAAGGGAGAAUUGCCAAACAAGGUAGAAGGGCCGGAGGAGAAGCUGUUCAUCAAUGAUAAGCACCCAGAUCAACAUGUGCUAAUCGGGAGACAGCUCCCAACAGAAUUCAAAAGAAAGUUAAGAAGCCUCCUAAAGAAACACAAAGAAGUUUUUGCCUGGACCCUGGCAGACAUGACUGGUGUCCCACGGCAAAUAACCAUUGACGGAGAAAAGUUUGACACUCAACACAAGCUAAAUACCCGACCACAUGUGGAACCAAUAAAGCAAAAAAGAAGAAGUUUAGCACCAGAAAGAAGCAAAGUAGCCUGCGAACAAGUAGCAGAUCUCGUGAAGGCAGGAAUACUAAGGGAGGUUAAAUACCAAAGCUGCGUAGCAAACCCAGUGAUGGUCAGAAAACAUGACGGUGGCUGGAGGAUGUGCGUAGAUUUCACUAAUAUUAAUAAGGCAUGUCCAAAAGAUUGCUACCCACUGCCGAAGAUAGAUUGA